AUGCAUCUAUCGAGCGAGGUGACUUCAACAACUAGUGGGUUGGGGCAUGAGGCGCCGUCGUCGAGUUACGGAGCUGGUGGUCUACCGAGCCAGCCCUUGACCGCCGAACUGCUGGCUGAACGCACGCUUGAAGGUUUAUUGGCUGACCACCCUGGAGAGCUUGUCAAGACUGGCAGUCCUCAUGUUGUAUGCACAGUCCUGCCCCCACACUGGCGAUCAAACAAGACUCUCCCGGUGGCGUUCAAGGUGGUGGCGCUGGGUGACGUGGGUGACGGCACGCUGGUGACCGUCCGCGCUGGUAACGACGAGAACUGUUCCGCGGAGCUCAGGAACUGUACGGCGGUUAUGAAGAACCAGGUCGCCAAGUUUAAUGACCUGAGAUUUGUUGGGCGAAGUGGCCGAGGUAAAUCGUUCACGCUGACAAUAAUGCUGGCGACGUCGCCGCCGCAGGUGGCUACUUACCAGAAGGCCAUAAAAGUGACGGUGGACGGACCACGAGAGCCAAGGUCCAAGACGCGUCACCACGGCUUCCACCCCUUCCACUUCGGACCGCGGUUCGCGCCGGACCCGCUGAUGGGGUCGCUACCUUUUAAAUUGUCAGGUAUAGCUCACCAGCUAGCAGGCCUCCCGGGCGGGGAGUGGGGCGCGCUUGGCCGGCACUAUCCCCCACCCCUGUUGCCCACUCCCGCGCACUUUACCCCCCACGUCCUGCCGCCGCAUGCGCAGGCGCCGCACGUGGCGCCUGUUGUUAGUCAUGAUAGUGACGUAACAUCAGACAACCCGACGACAAUGCAUGCUCACAGCACGACAAGCCCGGCAAACUCGCGUCCAGGCUCGCCACAGGACGACGACAUCUCAGUGACAGCGUCCAGCAGCCCGCCGCCCGACGACCGCCCAGGAGCCUUCACCUCCGUCACCAGGACGCGCAAGCCCUUACAACCCCUGCCACCACCAACGACGCUCUUCCACAGCGCUCUAGCCGCUCAACUCUUCCUCAAUUCUCCACUCCUGCCAACACCACCCGCCUGGUUAUACUCCCAACUAUACGGAGGAUAUGACUGGUGGUUAAGACCGCCACCCCCCCAGGAAGACUCCAAUUCCAGUCCAGAUAGAGAAGAAGAAGGCUCGACUGCCUCAGGGACUGGGAAGAAACGCCCAGCGUCGCCGGAGUGGAACGACCAGGGCAUCAGGACUCGCAGUAAGUCUUUGAUAACUUCUGAGAGACGGCCCGUAGAUGUGUGGCGUCCAUACUAA